AUGCUUCUGUGGUCUGGCAUCUGGGGUCCCGCUCUGCCUCGAGCCUUGCCUUCGUUGCUCAUGGUGGUAGCCUUGGUGGGGCUACUCCCCGUGCUCAGGAGCCAUGGCCUUCAGCCCAGUCCCACUGCCAGCACCAUCCGAGGCUCAGAGCCCCCUCGAGAACGCUCCAUCGGGGACGUCACCACCGCACCACCCGAGUUCACCCCCGAGAGCCCCCUGGUUAACCAUUCCAUCACUGAAAGUGGCUCCAAACUCCGAAAGUCCUUUCCAGUCCUGGAUAUCGACUACGACCACGUGCGCAUCCCCUUCGAGAUCGCCCUCUGGAUCCUGCUGGCCUGCCUCAUGAAGAUCGGUUUCCACGUGAUCCCCACCAUCUCGAGCAUCGUCCCAGAGAGCUGCCUGCUGAUCGUGGUGGGGCUGCUGGUCGGCGGCCUGAUCAAGGGCGUGGGCGAGACGCCCCCCAUCCUGCAGUCGAACAUCUUCUUCCUCUUCCUGCUGCCGCCCAUCAUCCUGGACGCAGGCUACUUCCUGCCGCUGCGGCAGUUCACGGAGAACCUGGGCACCAUCCUGAUCUUCGCCGUGGUGGGCACGCUGUGGAACGCCUUCUUCCUGGGCGGCCUCAUGUACGCCGUGUGCCGCGUGGGCGGCGAGCAGAUCAACAACAUCGGCCUCCUGGAGAACCUGCUCUUCGGCAGCAUCAUCUCGGCCGUGGACCCCGUGGCCGUGCUGGCUGUCUUCGAGGAGAUCCACAUCAACGAGCUGCUCCACAUCCUGGUCUUCGGGGAGUCCCUGCUCAACGACGCCGUCACCGUGGUCCUGUACCACCUCUUUGAGGAGUUUGCCAACUACGACCACGUGGGCAUCGUGAACAUCGUCCUGGGCUUCCUGAGCUUCUUCGUGGUGUCCCUGGGCGGCGUCUUCGUGGGCGUGGUCUACGGGGUCAUCGCGGCCUUCACCUCCCGGUUCACCGCCCACAUCCGCGUCAUCGAGCCACUCUUCGUCUUCCUCUACAGCUACAUGGCCUACCUGUCCGCCGAGCUCUUCCACCUGUCGGGCAUCAUGGCACUCAUUGCCUCGGGAGUGGUGAUGCGCCCCUACGUGGAGGCCAACAUCUCCCACAAGUCCCACACGACCAUCAAGUAUUUCCUGAAGAUGUGGAGCAGUGUCAGCGAGACCCUCAUCUUCAUCUUCCUCGGCGUCUCCACCGUGGCCGGCUCGCACCACUGGAACUGGACCUUUGUCAUCAGCACCCUGCUCUUCUGCCUCAUCGCCCGGGUGCUGGGUGUGCUGGGCCUGACCUGGUUCAUCAACAAGUUCCGCAUCGUGAAGCUGACGCCCAAGGACCAGUUCAUCAUCGCCUACGGGGGCCUGCGCGGCGCCAUCGCCUUCUCGCUGGGCUACCUCCUGGACAAGACGCACUUCCCCAUGUGCGACCUGUUCCUCACUGCCAUCAUCACCGUCAUCUUCUUCACCGUCUUUGUGCAGGGUAUGACCAUCCGGCCCCUGGUAGACCUUUUGGCUGUGAAGAAAAAGCAAGAAACGAAGCGCUCCAUCAACGAGGAGAUCCACACGCAGUUCCUGGACCACCUUCUGACAGGCAUCGAGGACAUCUGUGGCCACUACGGCCACCACCACUGGAAGGACAAGCUCAACCGGUUUAACAAGAAGUACGUCAAGAAGUGCCUGAUCGCCGGCGAGCGCUCCAAGGAGCCCCAGCUCAUCGCCUUCUACCACAAGAUGGAGAUGAAGCAGGCCAUCGAGCUGGUGGAGAGCGGCGGCAUGGGCAAGAUCCCCUCUGCUGUCUCCACCGUCUCCAUGCAGAACAUCCACCCCAAGAACCUGCCUGCCGAGCGCAUCCUGCCAGCUCUCUCCAAGGACAAGGAAGAGGAGAUCCGCAAAAUCCUGAGGAACAACUUGCAGAAGACCAGGCAGCGGCUGCGGUCUUACAACAGACACACGCUGGUGGCAGACCCCUACGAGGAGGCCUGGAACCAGAUGCUGCUCCGGAGGCAGAAGGCCCGGCAAUUGGAACAGAAGAUCAACAACUACCUGACGGUGCCCGCCCACAAGCUGGACUCGCCCACCAUGUCUCGGGCCCGCAUCGGCUCAGACCCACUGGCCUAUGAGCCAAAGGCAGACCUGCCGGUCAUCACCAUCGACCCCGCCUCCCCGCAGUCGCCCGAGUCCGUGGACCUGGUGAACGAGGAGCUGAAGGACAAGGUCCUCGGGCUGACCCGGGACCCCAGGGCGGCCGACGAGGAGGAGGAUGUCGGGGGCAUCGUGAUACGGACCAAGGAGCCCUCUUCCCCCGGCACCGAUGACGUCUUCACGGCGGGGCCCGCUGACAGCCCCGGCUCCCAGAGGAUACAGCGCUGCCUCAGCGACCCGGGCCCCAACCCCGAGCCCGAGGAGGGAGAGCCGUUCAUCCCCAAAAAGCAGUAG